UGCUCAGAAUGUGGUAAAAGUUUUGGAACAAAUUAUAAUUUAAAAGUACACAUGAGAACACACACUGGAGAAAAACCUUUUUCAUGUUCAAUCUGCGGUAAAGAUUUUACUCAAAAGCAGCAUUUCAAAGCACACAUGAGAAUACACCCUGGAGGAAAACCUUUUUCAUGUUCAAUCUGUGGUAAAGAUUUUAAUCAAAGGGAUCAUUUGAAAAGACACAUGAGAACACACACUGGAGAAAAACCUUUUUCCUGCUCAGAAUGUGGUGAAAGUUUUGGAACAAAUUAUAAUUUAAAAGUACACAUGAGAACACACACUGGAGAAAAACCUUUUUCAUGUUCAAUCUGCGGUAAAGAUUUUACUCAAAAGCAGCAUUUCAAAGCACACAUGAGAAUACACCCUGGAGAAAAACCUUUUUCAUGUUCAAUCUGCGGUAAAGAUUUUACUCAUAGGCAACAUUUGAAAAUGCACAUGAGAAUACACCCUGGAGGAAAACCUUUUUCCUGCUCAGAAUGUGGUAAAAGGUUUGUAAUUAAUCAAAGUUUAAAAGUACACAUGAGAACACACACUGGUGAAAAACCUUUUAUUUGUUCAGUAUGUGGUAAACAUUAUAUAGAAAGACAGCAAUUAAAAGUACACAUGAGAACGCACUCUGGUAAAAAAAAACCAUACUCCUGUUCAAGUUGCAACAAAGGCUUCCGUUACCUAAACACUCUUACAGCUAUUAACAGAAUGUCCUCCUUCUGUCCUAUGGCCCACACUACAGACUUGGACACAAACAGGACAGGAAGUAAAAAGCAGCUUUAA